AUGAACAGUGACAAGGAUAGCGCAGCACUUAUGGCGGCAUUUGAAAAGAAGCCCGCUGGACGCAAAUCGAGUGCUCCCCCACUAGCACCCGCCAAGGCUGCGUCCUCUUCCCCGGCUACUAUGUCGCUACAAGGCGACUUCGACGAGAAUCUCAGCACUCUUCAUACCGAAACCCCACCCCGCAAGCGAAGGGCACUGUGUGUUCGUAUACCACGGAAGAAGCUAAAAAAGACAGAGUACAUAUACUACGAACCGAAAGAUGAGGUGGAGAGGAUCGUUCGGGAGAUUUCUGGAAGGAAGGGUGAUAUGGUAUAUGAGGUCAAGCUAUUCGGAGAUCGCGUCAAGCAGUUAAGUUUCGAAGAGCUCCUCGAUAUCUAUGGUGGUCCGGAGGCACUGCAAUCAUUCCAACCAGAUGACGAUUCCAGCGACGACGACGGCGAUAUGAGGCUUCGCAACCGAACCACCAAGGCGGAUACCGAAGAUUUUGUGGACAUAUCAACUAUCCAUAUAUCCUCCUCUGAAGACGACGACCAAGACGAGCUUGCCUCCGAUUCACGCAAACGUCGCAGUGGUCGCACACAAGGAUUGAGGCGCGGAAGUCGUCGAGGACGGCCAUCAAGAGGCCGCUCAGGGAACAAUGGUCUUACCGCACUUUUUAUAAGCGAUGAAGACUCCGAAGACGUCGGCAGGAAGCGGAGGGGUAGGCCACGCAAAGGCAUACAACAGCCCACCCGGCGUUCCACAAGACAGCCUAUGCGAGCAAGCGGAAAUGAUGACGAGGAGGACGAAGAUGACGAAGAAGACGAUGGUACAGAAGACUCCAGUGCUUCGGACAUCCUCCGUUCAGAUAUCCUACCAGGUCGCAAGCGCAAGGGACGGCCUUUACGUGCUGCGAAGCCUGAGAAGAUUCCCCGAGCGGGCGUCAGGCAAUCCGAUCGAGCAACGCGUGCUACUAACAACAUGCAAGAAGCGGGUAUGAAUGAUGUCUACCGAUCAGAUUCCGCCCCCAAAGUUGUCGCCCAGAAAGUCUCCGUUAUGCGCGAGGUCUUUCCGAAGCUCCCUCGAAGCGACCCUUUCCGUGCGCGUCACGCUGAAGGUUGCGAAGUCUGCUUCGACGGCCCCAAUGUUGCGCCUCUGGUAUAUUGUCAAGGCUGCUCUCUGGCAUACCACAAGAACUGCUUGGGUAAUCGCUCCACUCGUGACCAUCUAGUCACUAAGAUUGGUGACGAAGAGUUCGUUCUGCAAUGCAAGAGGUGCAUUGGCUUCUACAAGAAGAAAGAUGCUACUGCUCCUGAUCUGUCCAAGUGUCAGGACUGCGCGGUUUCGGGGGCUUCAUGCCGGCCCUUCAGACGUCGCAAGACCACACAGCAGGAGAUGAAGGAGCGCGAAGAGAACGAUGGCUAUGAUCCAGUCGUCAACGUCCCUUCUGAGCUUAUCAACAACCAUAACAAUGUCUUGUUUCGCUGCACAAAGUGCUCUCGCGCCUGGCAUUAUCAUCAUCUACCACCCAACUCACAGUACGCUAUGGAUAUCAAUCGAGACGACGAAGAGAUGGCAGAUGAGCGGUUCCGUGAGUACUCUGGUAAAUGGCUCUGCAAAGAGUGCGAUGAGACCACUGAUCAAAAGGUCGGCGGCAUCAUCGCCUGGCGCCCGUCUGAUGUCGAGACUUAUCGACUAGGUACUCCGUGCGAAUUAGUUUGCGAAGACGACAAGCAGUACUUGAUCAAGUGGGAGAACGAGUCUUACUUCCGAGCAGCAUGGCAUUCAGGAGCCUGGACCUGGGGCGUAACAGCUGGCGUUCAGCGCAAGGCUUUCUUCAAGCGCGAAGACGGACCGAAGAUGCGAACUGAAGAUGCCAUUCCCGAAGAGUACCUGCGCAUCGACAUCGUCCUUGAUAUCAAGUACACGAGCUAUGUUGAAGUACGUAGCGAAGAGAUUGACAAAGCUCGCAUCAAAGAGGUUGACAAGGCGCUCAUCAAGUACAAAGGUCUGGGCUACGAAGAUACUGUAUGGGAGAGUGUGCCUACUCCAGAAGAUGGUGAUAGGUGGUUAGACUUUGUCACUGCUUACAACGACUGGGUUGCCGGCCGUUACGUUAAGAUUCCCAAGCAGGGCCCUCUCAAAGGACGCAUUGAAAAGGCCCGCAGUACGCCAUUCGCUAAGCUUGAGCGGGGGAAGCAACCCGACAACCUCGUUGGUGGUGAGUUGAUGAAGUAUCAACUGGAGGGUCUGAAUUGGCUUUACUACAAGUGGUACGACCAGAAGAACGCCAUCCUCGCAGACGAGAUGGGUCUGGGGAAGACGAUCCAAGUCAUCGCCUUUAUGGCAACCCUCAUCCAGGAGCACAAUUGCUUUCCGUUCCUGAUUGUGGUGCCCAAUUCAACCUGCGCCAACUGGCGGAGGGAGAUCAAGCAGUGGGCGCCAUCCCUCCGUGUGGUGGCCUACUUCGGUUCUGCCAAGGCUCGCGACAUGGCCUACAAGUACGAGAUGUACCCCGAGAACACGAAAGACCUGCGAUGUCACAUCGUUGUAACGUCAUACGACGCGGCAGCCGACGACAACUGCAAGAGAUUCUUCAAAGGUGUUAGUUGGGCCGGUCUUGUCGUCGAUGAAGGCCAGCGUCUGAAGAACGAUAAGAGCCAGUUAUACAAAGCCCUUACAGCAGUUCGCGCGCCAUUCCGACUCCUGUUGACUGGUACGCCGCUGCAGAAUAACGCUAGGGAGCUCUUCAAUCUGUUGCAUUUCCUGGACGACACGAUCAAUGCUGAGCAGCUUGAGGAACAAUACGCUGAGAUGACGGCUGAGAAUAUUAGAGAGUUACAUGACCAGAUCCGACCUUUCAUUCUACGACGUACCAAGGCCAAGGUGCUGACCUUUCUUCCACCUCUUGGUCAAAUUAUUCUACCCAUCUCCACGAGCCAUCUACAGAAGCAAGUCUACAAGUCAAUCUUGUCAAAGAGCCCCGAGCUUCUGAAGGCUCUCUUCACCUCCGACAAGCAACUAAAGCAGCAGGAGCGCGCGAACUUGAGCAACAUUCUUAUGCAACUACGCAAGUGUCUUUGCCAUCCAUUCGUCUACAGCCGCGGAAUCGAAGAGCGAAGUGACAUAGCCGCAGUCUCUCAUCGCAAUCUUGUCGAGGCUUCUGCAAAGCUCACUCUUCUCGAGACUCUACUCCCGAAGCUUCAAGAACGUGGUCACCGCGUACUCAUUUUCAGCCAGUUUCUCGACAUGCUUAGCAUCAUCGAGGACUUCUUAGACGGCAUGCAGCUCCCGUAUCAACGUCUAGACGGCACAAUGGGCUCCCUUGAGAAACAGAAGCGUAUUGACCAGUUCAAUGCACCUGACUCGCCCCUGUUUGCCUUCCUCCUCUCCACUCGCGCUGGUGGUGUUGGUAUCAAUCUUGCGACUGCAGACACCGUCAUCAUCCUAGACCCGGACUGGAAUCCUCAUCAAGAUCUUCAAGCCAUUGCUAGGGCUCAUCGUAUCGGUCAGAAGAAGAAGGUGCUGUGUCUUCAGCUGGCGACGCGAGCCUCAGUGGAAGAAAAGAUCAUGCAAAUGGGCAAGAAGAAGAUGGCUCUCGACAAAGUCGUCGUUCAGGACCUGGACAGAGAAGAUCCCGAGGACGAGGAUGUUGAGUCGAUACUCAAGUAUGGUGCUGCAGAGCUAUUCAAGGACGACGGCGCAGAUCAUGACAUUCGGUACGAUGAUGCCUCCAUCGACAAACUGCUCGACCGUAGCCAGAUCGAGAAUACCCCAACUGGUGACGAUGACUCUGCAGAAUCUCAAUUCGGCUUUGCCCGAAUCUGGGUUAAUGAAAAGGGCGGACUGCAAGAUGACUUCGAUAUUGCGGAUGAAGAGACUGCUCCAGAUCCAGGUGUUUGGGAUAAGAUCUUGAAGGAACGACAAGCCGCCGCAGCGGCCGAAGCGUUUGCAAAAGCAGAGGCUAUGGGUCGGGGACGCCGGGCCAAAGCAGUCCGUAACCCCUCGCUUCUGAUGAGUACAAUUAGUAACAUUACACAGGCUAUCGAUUAUGCUACGGAGAAAAGGGAUGCUGAUGUUGCGUCUGUCGCAGCAGUAGAUCAUUUCGAGGACACCGCCGCCCCGCCUUCAUCGAUUAAGAAGCCGAGCAAGAAGCGCAAGAACAAGACAGGGUCUGGAAGUGAUACGGACUUCCAUGCCGAGUCUGAAGACGAAAGCGAGCCUGAGCUAAUCCAAGACAACGUUGAUGUCGCCAAGGAACUCGGUAACGGUCGCCGUCGCAGUACUACAAACAUUGCCAACUCUUCGCUGUACCAGCAGAAUGGCGCAGGUGUGUCUAAAGUUUCAUCGAGUCUGUCAAAAUUUCCCACUGUCACUUUUCCUAUUCAGACUACGCCUAAGGAGGGUGGCGCGAGGGCGGCCAGGUCACCGCCGAAGCCUGUGAAGGUUACGCCAUCAACAAGUAGCACGAGAGUCCGGCUUCAGCUCGGAACGCAUUCCAAUGGCGCCAGCCAGGUUCAGCCGAACGCUUCUUCCGAUCAAGCAUCGCCUUACCGUGCACCAUCCGCCUUCAUCGAUCUCUCUACAUGUCCACCAGAACCAGCGCCAAACGCACCAAAGACUAACGAAGCGACAGUCAAACCUUUCGAGCGUGUCACCAUACCUAUCCGUAACCCUCUAGAACCAACCUACGGCUCUUUUGGCAUCCGUAUCUGCGCUGCUUGCCACAAGAAUCAUCCUUCGGGUGCCUGUGAGCUCAGGGCGGCAGGCGCUGAGCACUGCGGUCUCUGCGGUCUAGCGCACUACGGCCACUCACGUACAUGCCCUCAUAUCAAGUCCGAAACACAGGUCAGAGAGAUGCUCCAGGCACUCAAGAACUCGCCAGAGAAGAAAGAGCUAGUCGAUGCGGCGAUAAAGUACCUUCGCGGCGUCAAGGGUGCACUGGUGCAGCAGAAGAAGAAGGACAGAGAGAAGGCGGCUAAGGCUAAUGGUCAGCCUGUUCCUCUGCCUACAUAUACUGAUAUCGGUCGUCCUCCGAAGGGCGCAUAUACACGGCCGCCCGACGCUACAAAUGGAACUGUGAAUGGCAUGAACGGUACCGGUGUCGGCACCCCAACUGGCGGUUCAUCAGACGACCUACCUCGCCCGUACGUUUUGUAUAUGCCUCAAGGGUUGGGAGUCGCCCCAGAUAGCGUGGGUAGCGUUAUUCAAGGUCAGCAACGCACGUUCGCACAACAGCAGAUGGUUCAGCAGAUGGAGAGCCAGAGUUUUGACGAUCAGCAAGUGGAAAGCGCUUUGAAGGGCUGUUUGUUCCAAGGCCACAACUAG